GGUGUGCCUGAUCCUAAGAUCAGGAUUUAUGAUGUUGGUAUGAAGAGGAAAGGAGUUGAUGAGUUCCCAUUCUGUGUUCAUUUGGUUUCAUGGGAGAAAGAGAAUGUGUCAAGUGAAGCUCUUGAGGCAGCUCGUAUCGCUUGUAACAAGUACAUGGUUAAGUCUGCUGGUAAAGAUGCGUUCCAUCUGAGGAUCAGGGUUCACCCGUUUCAUGUUCUGCGAAUCAACAAGAUGCUUUCGUGUGCUGGAGCUGAUAGGCUUCAGACUGGAAUGAGAGGUGCUUUUGGUGAAGCUCUUGAUACUUGUGCUAGAGUUGCUAUUGGACAGGUUCUUUUGUCUGUGAGGUGUAAGGAUAACCAUGGAGUUCAUGCUCAGGAAGCUCUUCGUAGAGCUAAGUUUAAGUUCCCUGGUCGACAAAAGAUCAUUGUUAGCAGGAAAUGGGGAUUCACCAAGUUUAACCGUGCUGAUUACACAAAGCUAAGGCAAGAGAAGAGGAUCGUCCCUGAUGGUGUGAAUGCCAAGUUCAUAUCUUGCCAUGGUCCUUUGGCUAACCGUCAGCCCGGAAGUGCGUUCUUGUCAGCUGGUGCACAAUGAUGCAGAUGACUUGUGGAUGUCGA